UCCAAACUAUAUUUUAUGCCUGUUUUUGAGUUCUAGGGAACACAUCACAUGCCAGAAUGUCUGACUCGGAAUCGAAUGCCACGGAGGAGCCCGCUCGUUCAGCCGAAGGCGCUGCAAAAACGCACAAGGAGCGCCACGCAAAGCCGCCAGUUCGAUACAGCAAAGCCAAGCGCCAAUUUCAAUGCUGCAUCGCCAGGGAAUACUACAGCGAGUACUCCAACAUGGUGGACACGCUGCACAUCACGCCGCGGAUGAUGGUGCACAAGAAGUGCUUCCGGGUGAACAGCACCUACGGCCUGACCCUCAACAUCAAGAACACCGGACUGUUCCCCCGCCUCAUCAAUGUGACCACCGACAGUCCCGAAGACACUUCCGUUUCCAUACCGGAACUGGACCUGCAUCGCUACCUGGACACCGAUGAGAGCCUGGAAGUGAAGAUCUGGAUCAGGGCCACUUCCAAGCGCGACAUCAAUCGCAGGCGCCACAUCCUCAUCGAGUGCUAUCACCCCAAUAUCAUCUUCCAGGUGCCCAUAAUUGUAUUGGACAAGCUGGAGAAUCCCUCGAUCAGCGACACCAUCACCUUUCCCAGCUGCGUGCCCGGCAACAAGACCCACUACGAGAUGAUCAUCUACAACCCCACCAAGGAUAUUGUCCGCGUGCGAUACAGAAACACCAAUCGGGGCCUGCAGAUCAGCAACAACAACAAGGACAUCCUGCCGCCGAAGGACUACGCCAAGUUCCUGCUGGUGAUCCAGCCGAAGAAGCUGAACGUCUACAGGGGCUUCUUCAACAUCAAGUUUGGCGUGUUGCCGCCCAAGCCGGUGAUGUUCUUCUUCACGCCCAAGUCCAUGGGCGUGCACCUGAGCAUCGGCAGCGUGCUCUUCGCCAUGACCAAGUUUUCUCGCGAGGAUGUGCGCACGGUGACCGUGUGCAACGAGAGCGCCCACGAGAUCUUCGUCGCCGGCAAGUUCUACACGGAGCCGCCAGUGGUGAGCGAUAGCCUCGACAAGGAGGACACGCUGUCCAACAAGCUGAUCGACGACGCCGUCAGCAUGCACAGCGUGCUGCUCUUCGACUUCGAGGAGAACACCAGUGUCCAGAACGUCCAGAUCGAUGCGGAGGCGGCCAAGCACUUCGACUACGACGCUCCGGCCAGGAUUAGUGCCGGUUUUUCCGGUGACAUUAGGUUGAUCUUCCGGCCGAACUACAAUCCGGAAAACCCAUUCUCGGACGACGUGGAGCCGCCGUACUUCCAGCGCUCGCGAGUCACUUUUUGCUUCAGCGACGCCCAGGACUGCAUCGAAUCCCACCACGUCAUCCUCUCCGGGUCCAUCGCUGGCAUUGAGCUGGAGUUCCAUCCGAAGAUCAUUGACUUCCGGAAGAUCUACCUGGGCGAGGAGCACUGCUCCCAGAUCAAGGUGCUCAAUGUGGAAGAUGUGCCCGCCAAGGUGGUGUACACCGAUUGCUCGGAUCCCGAGGUGUCUGGGAUUCGCAUCACGCCAUCAGAAGGCUUCUCUCUGGACCCGUGCACACGCGGCAUCUUCAGCGUGUCCUACUACACGCUGCUGCCCUCCCGAUUCACCAACACCCUGCGCUUCAAGGUGCAGAAUGGAGCCCACUACAAGAUCCUGCUAAAGGGCACUGGACAGCCGGUGCAGCUGCGCACCUUCCCCCAACUGGUGGAGUUUGGCAGCAUCCCGAUUGCGGUGCCCCAGAAGCGGUACAUGCUGCUCAUGAAUCCCCUGGCUGUGCCCAUCACGCUCCAGGUGAAGACCACGGAGGAUGGCGAGGAAACGCCGCUGGUACUUAACAUACGCAGCGCCACGGAGUUGCUGCCCAUCACAGUGCGGGAUCCCAUACGACAUCUGCAGAAGGUGCACGAGGAUCUGCAGAGCCAGCAGCCGGAGGAGCAGGGAGAUUUCCGCUUUACCACCACCGAGGCGGAAAUGCUGUCCAUGAACUCGGUCAAGUCCAGCGAUUCCACCUACAGCUCGGAGUUUGAGGAGGAGGUGAUGGAACCCAUUCCGCAGAUGGCCGCCCAUCUGCUGACCAGCCUGAAGAAGCAGAAGAUCUUCGAGAAGUCCGAGACCGAUCGCCGAGUGAUCCAGGAGGCGCUGGUGGGUCUGCUGAACUCCAAGUACUUCUCCGUGUUCACCAAGCACAACAACUACAUAUUCAUGGACUGGAACGCCGUGCCCAGCGAUCCACGCGAAGUCUACUGCGACAACGAGAUCAUCUACCUGCGUCCCAACACCGGACGCAGCAUCACCAUCCUGUUGGUGCCCAACAAGGUGGGCUACUUCCACCGAUCGCUGUCCGUGCGGAUUUGUCCCGUCGUGGCGAAUCCUUCCAUGGACUCCAGUGAAGACCACCCCAUCAUGAAGACCAUGAUCAAGUCGGAGUUCCUGUGCUCGAAGCUCUGGUUCGAGUACAACUGCGUUGUGCCCGACAUAGUGUGGUCCAACAUGGUUGACCUCUCAAGCCGAACCAUUUACGCGGGCGAGGACUACGACUUUGAGAUGACCUUCGCCAACAGAUCCAUCAUAGGCGCCUUUCUGCACUUUGACGUCGUUCCCAACGACAUGUCCUUCCGCGACGGCACUUGGAAGUUCUUCAUCGACGGCGGAUCGGAAGUCACUGCCAAGUGCGCGGUCACCUUCCGCUCGUUGGGCAACACCAGGCUAUCGGGCAUGGUGAACAUCGUGGGCGCCAGCCGACCCUACGCCUUCCACCUCUUCGCCAACGUGUUGCCCACGGAGAUUCGCAUUACGCCCACGUACGUGCACCAGCGCCUGCAGGUCUACGAGAGGAGCGUGGUGCACUUCUACAUCGACAACUACACACCCACGCUUACGAAGCUCAGCAUGAGGCUGAGGGAUAUAGAAUUCCAGUACCUGACGUCGCGGGGAGGAGCGCUGGCGGCCACGGGACAGAGCAUGUACACCACCCUGGUGUCGGUGUUCACAGAUCCCGAUCUGUACCAGAACAUCCUGUACAUCGACCUUCAGUUCGACAACGUGAUGAUGCUGCCCAUCACCUUCCUGGUGGAGGGGGUGCCUCUCUACUUUGAGCCCGAUAUCCGCAAGGGAUUCGAUGCGGGACUGCUGUACACCGACACCAAGGAGCAGUUCCACGAGAGCCUCUACCAGCACCGCUUUCCCGUGCGAGUGAUCAACAAGGGUCAUCGUGCGUACCGUGUCCUGAUCAUCCGGCUGAAUUCCCAUGGACCGGGUGCCAAUGUCAAGUCGGGAUGUGCCACCAACGCCCUAACAUCCCGAUUCGACAUGGAACCCAAGAACAUCUACUUGUCGCCCAGUUGCGAAAGGGGGCUGGACAUCCUGGCCAGCUCCUAUGUGGAGGGCCACGCCACCGGCGACUUCCUGCUGCAGGUCAUCGACCAAAAGUACCCGCAGCGCAAGCACAUCAUUCGGAUUAGGACUAGCGCAGAGUUCGUGGACUGCCAACUGCACUGGACCCCAAAGCAGCUGAGCUUUAACUACAAACGCUGCGAGCCGCUGAAGGAACGCUCCUACGUGGAAACCCCAACACUGGUGAACUCCUGUUCGGUGCCUCUUGCUGAGGUCACGCUGCAGGUGACGGGUCCCUUCAGGAUAAAGGAGUUCUACGAAGACAACUACGAGAAGGAGAUUCAGAUUGGCAUGAAUGGCUUGGAGCGAAAGGAGAUCUUUGUGAUCCUCAACAGAGGAGGCCUGAAGAACCAGUAUUGCCGCCAAAUCGAAGGAAGGAUCGCGGUCUAUGCGCUGGGCAAGCAGCAGAAGUCGCUGCCCAUCCGGCUGGCCAUAAUGGUGCCGGAUGUGGUGAUCCUGCAACCCGAUCUCGUCCUGUUCGAUCGCGGCCAGGCCUACGACAGCGUCAUCAAUCUGGUCAACCAAGGCUGCGUGCCAGCCGAGUUCAAGUGGAAGAGGCUGGAGACCACCGAGGUGUACAUCGGCGACGAGGACGACCCGGACGGCAUUGCUGGCGAAAUCCUCUCCGAGAUUCUGCGGAUGCUCGAGUACGACUUCAGCUGCGAGGACCAGCCAAACAUGACCAAGAGAUACCAGGAGUGUCGCUGCCAGUUCCGCCGCUUUGAGGAGGAAGGCGACUUCAUUAUGGAGCUCCUCGACGAAGUCGUCAACGACAUGGAUUUGAGGCACAAGCCACUGCUAUUCCCGCCCAAGGAUCCGCCCGCCGAUCAGGACGACCGCGAUCAGAGCUCGGCAACCGUGGUGCGGGAAACCCUCUCGGACAUUCUCAAUCGCUUGCACAUCGACUCCAGCGAGCAGUGGUCGGAGGCUUCCUCGGAGUACUGCUUCUCCAGUCGCUUCAUCUACUUCUACGAGAAGCGGGGCGUCGUCGCGGACGUGGACAUGGAGUGCAAGCUCCACCUGCCGCACAUCCGGCGCAACCACGAGAUGCGCGCCGUCUUCGAGUUGGUCCUUCUGGGCGGACGCACUCAGCGAUUCACCGUGACGCUGGUCAACCUGCCGCAGAAGAUCAGGUUCCACAAGGACAGCGUCUACAUGGGAGUUAAGCCCUGGUACGAGAGUUUCGACACCACGCUGCGCGUCACCAACCUGAGCACGUAUCCGCUCCAGUUGGUCGUCGUCGAGGUGAAGACGCCGAGCAAGGAGCAGGCGCAGGAGAAGCGUCUGGUGGACGGCUACUGCAAGCUGGUGACCAGCGACAUUGUGCAGCUGGAGCCACUGGGAGCGGACCAGAUACGUGUGAGGGGCAUCCUCGGCUUCAGCGAGAGCUUUCACCACUCCUUUGGGGCGAUGAUCAACAACAGUGACUCCAGCUACUUCUACCUGAGGGGGCAGGGCGUGAUGCCCAUGCUGGAGAUGGCCUCCCCACUGCCCUCCACUCCUUUGGAUCCCCUGGAGGUGGAGGAGGAGUACCGCAUGCUGCAGAAGAUUUACCACUACGAGAUCUUCCGCUCCAUCACGGAGGUGGAUGAGGAACCGAAACGCGCGGAGGGCGAGGAGGAGUGCCAAGUGGAGGAGAAGCCCUCCAUCAGCGAGGACUUCUCGUUGCUCUCCUUCAGCGGGUCUGAAAUGUCCUCCGAGCGGAAGGAACAGCACGACUUGCAGCUCUUCCGCAUGGUGCACACCUACGUGAUGGUGAACAACAACCAGGAGCUGCCGCACGCCACCGUCCUGAGGCAACUGAUCCUGGCGGAACGGUACCUCAAGCGCCUCCGCUCGAAGCAGGAGUUGUAUGAGCUGCAUCAGCAGGUCUACCGCAGCUACCAAAAGAUGCACACCUCCCCGGGACUCAAGCAGGCGGCGAUGGUGAAGCACUUCACCGUCCAACCCAUUCCCUGCGAGCAGCACGGUUACGUCCUGGACCUGGGUUCCCUGGCCAGGAACACCGUGCGGCGCUUCGAGCUCAAGCUGCACUUCUUCGGACCCGGGAAACUCAUUGCAGCAGCACGCACGGCCGUCCGGAUUCCCGGCUUAUACGUGGACUUUAAUGUCACGGAUCCCAAGCACUCCGACAAGAAGUUCUCCUUCUGGGCGGAGAAGUGCACGGCACUCGAGUACUUCAAGGACAAGUACAGGAAUAUGAUGGAGCGGCUGAUGGACGCGGAGCAGGACCCCAAGGUGAAGCACGCCCACUCCUUUGACCUGGACAGGAAGGUCCAGCACCAGCGGGAUCUGGCGCCGAAGGACCGGCGCCUCAUGGAGGAGUACUACAACAGCCUGAACCGCUCCGUGUACCCGGACCACAAGCACCACUUCACGCUGGCCAAAAUCUUCUCGGGCAGCUUGUCCAACUAUUCCGGAGUGGACGUGACCAUGGUUGGGCUCUUCAAGCCCGAGUCGCGUUUCUACAAGAAGGACCAGCACGUGGAGGACUACAUCUUCAUCGAUUUGCACAUGGGACCGACUCUGCCCAUCCUGCUGAAAGCCGUGCUCGUGUCCUAGGGAACUCCUUAAAUUUUGUAUGCAUUUAUUGUGGGUUUCAUUUGGAGUGGAUGGGGGCCACUUAGUCUUAUGUGCAGUAAUAAAGCUUAUACUCUA